AUGGUCAGACUAUCAGUGACACUAAGUGCAGAGGUUGAAGAGGUCAAGAACAUUUAUCCCAGUUCAGACAAGAUAUGGUUCUUUAAGCUGAAAUGCUCAAACUGUCUAACAGUCUCUGAGAACUUUGUCGGCAUCGACCCAGAGGAGAAGAUAGAGCAAAGGAAUAGCACAGUGAACCUUUUGAUGAAGUGCAAGAGUUGCACUCGUGAGAAUACAGUAUCUAUUGAACAAAUGCCACCUAUUAAGGAUCGUGAUCAAUCAGGCGAGAAUAACAUACAACUCGAAAUGGCUAGAUUCGAUUGUCGUGGCAUUGAACUCGAGGAGUUUGAUCCAAGGGAUCAAUGGACUGUUGUAACAACUUCUGGAAAGGAGUUCCAUGAUGCAGAUCUUAGCAAUGAUUGGUCAGAGUAUGAUGAUUCCGCAUCUGCAUCAAUUUGUGUGUUGAGUAUCUCUUCGAGCAUCAACAAGAUCAAAUAA